AGUUGCUCGAUGAACGCGAAGGAGAAAAGAAUCGCUGAAGAUUAUUUGAAGAUUUUUUGUUUUUCUUUUUUGUUCAGUUGUCAGUGAAUAAGUGAUUGGUGGCGUCUAUACUUAGUAAAGAUCUUUCAUGAUGAAGUGCUUAAAUAAGUUAACUGCAAUUUUUCUCAUCAUAACGAUGUUCAUGUCACUAAAUUAUGUUCUUGCAAAUGAGUGCGUGCAAUGUCCGAGUGCAUCGGCAAAUGAAUACGUCUGUGGCGUAGAUGACAAAGGUGCUUUUAGAAAAUUUGGAUCGGAGUGCCUUUUAAGAUUUGAAAAUUGUGACAAAAAAACAAAAUUCGAGAUAACUGAUAAAAGCCUUUGCGAUUGAUUCUUCCUCUCCUUCAAUAUUUCUUUUAAUUUUUGAAGUAUUUUAACGCUCAACAGAAUUCAGUCUGUCACUUGGAAAAUAUUUAAUUUUAAAUAAUAAAAAUAAUAACAAAAUAGAUAUAUUUAAGUGUUAUCUCACUUAGACAAAACAGACGGUAUUUUAAUGUUUAAUUAAUUUGCUUUGUAUCAAUUUCAUUAUACAUUGACACAUAAUCAGAAUAAAACGAGAGAAAAAAAAUUAAUUAUGCAGCAGUUGGAUUUGUAAUUUUCGCCAUGACGAAUGGGAUGUUCUUCUUGCGAUCAACAAUGAUUGCAAUAAAAGGUCGAUUCACAUUGAAUACGACAUUUGGUACAGCUGGUUGGAAGCUUAAAGCAACUACAUUUAGGUUGGUGAAGGCAAUUAAAACGGUUCCAUUUUCAUUAACUUCCAUUGAUGCCUGUUGUUGCGCAUUAGACACUUCAACAGCAUCAUAAUCAGAUAAGUAAGGAAGUUCGGCACGUGGAGUAAACAAAGUUGUGAUUCCCAU